CAUCAAGCAUUUUGUCGUUGAUACUCCCACUCAAUAAUUAAUUGUUUUUUUUUGGUAUAAAGUUCGUUCUUAACUUCCCUUCCACUCCCUUUCUGUACAGAUUACUACACUUUAAUAAAUUGACAUAUGAUUCCAUAAGAACCAGUAAUAAACGUGGAAAUUGAUAACUAGGAUUUUUUAGCAUCAGCACACUUUGAUCAUCAAGAAUCUGCCUGCCAGCAUAUAUAUAUAUACGUUCUUGGUGGAGGAAGAGAGUAGAUUAAUUGGAAAAUGGGAGCGUGUGGAUCGAAACCUAAAGGGUGUGUGAGAAUUAGUGGCCGGAAAUUUGUUAAACGGAAAGUGAGCAGAAGGAGAAGUGUGUCAAAGAACCAUUCGGCUUCACAAAAUCUCAGUAAGAUCGAACCUUCUUCUUCAGCAGAUCGUUCUUUUUCUAAUCCUGCAUUUCAAGGAAAUGCAGAGUCUUGGUUCGACCCGGAGAUGGUGAUUGAAUCUGAUUGUGAGGAUGAUUUUCAUAGCGUUCAAGAUGUCUUUUCGCAAAGUGGAUCUUUUUCAAACGGGGUUUCUCCAAGGUUUUCUGAUUUAGUGUAUCACAACGGCAAUGCUACUUCUGACCUCCCAGAAAGUCAAGAACGAAAUGUUGUCAAAGAGGGUGCUGCAAAAAGAAACUCUUCAGCAGAACUUAAGUCCAACAAUCCACAAAAUGAGAUGGAUGACCUAAAUGAUAAAACGCCCCGAAGUGUGGAUCAAGGUGGUGCUAGGGUUGAAACAGGAAUUUUCCACAAUUGUGGAAGGCAAAAUCCGCGUCUGCCUUGUCUUGCUCGUGUUGCCUCUUCGGAUGAAAAGAAAAAGUCUCUAAACCCGAGCUCACCACGCUUCCGGAAAAAGUCAUCCCUAACCCAGAUGUUAUCAUUUAAAUGGAGAGAAACAAAUUCAAGUUCUGCAUUAUUAUCGCCAAAGACUGUUCUGCAAAGACCAAUAGCUGGUUCUCAAAUUCCUUGCAGCCCGUUGGGGAGGAAAAUGGCCAACUGCUGGUCAUGCAUUGAGCCAAAUACUUUCAAAGUCCGUGGUAAAAACUUUUUCAGGGAUAAGAAGAAAGAGCUUGCUCCAAACUGUGCUGCAUUUUAUCCUUUUGGCGCUGAUGUAUUCUUAUCACCACGGAAAAUUGAUCAUAUUGCACGUUUUGUGGAACUUCCAUCCAUCGAUUCAUCCAGUGAAGUUCCUCCCAUUCUUGUUGUGAAUCUUCAGAUACCGUUGUACCCUACUGCAAUCUUCCAAAAUGAAUAUGAUGGAGAAGGGAUGAGUUUUGUUCUCUACUUCAAACUUUCAGAAAAUUACUCAAAAGAAAUGCCAGUCCAGUUUCAAGAAAAUCUCCAGAGAUUAAUACAUAAUGAAAUAGAGAAGAUUAAAGGUUUUGCCAGGGAUACAAAUGCACCCUUCAGGGAAAGAUUGAAAUUCUUGGGUCGACUUGUAAACACAGAGGAUCUUCCAGUAAGUGCGGCUGAGAAGAAACUCUUGAAUGCAUACAACGAAAAGCCUGUGCUCUCACGUCCUCAGCAUGAAUUUUAUUUGGGAGAAAACUAUUUUGAGAUAGAUUUGGACAUUCACAGAUUCAAUUAUCUCGCAAGAAAAGGAGUGGAAUCAUUUAAAGAUAGAUUGAAAAACUGUGUCCUUGACUUUGGUCUGACAAUUCAGGGAAACAAGGCAGAAGAUUUGCCGGAAAAUAUGUUAUGUUGUAUUAGAAUGAAUGAGAUUGACUACGCCAAGUAUCACAGACUUGGCUUGUAAACCAUGGCAGAAACAUCUGCAACAUAUGCUCAAUGUUACAAGGAAUUGUCUCUUUCCUUCUUUUAAAUUUCCAUCUGAAAUGUAUAGUCGUAGGCCAUUUUUUGGGUCCUGUAAUGUAUGCUAACACAAAGAUUGAGAGAAGUGAAUGAACGAGAGUUUUUCUUCCAA